GUACUCGUUAGCUUCAACCCUCCAGGGCCUCCACUGUCUCCUCUAUAAAUAGCACCAAAACCCUUCCUUCAUAUCUCACCAAAGCUCUCAGUGCUUAACACAUCCAAUACUCCAAAGCAGCAGUUCUCAAUAUUGCUUCUUGAUACACUUUCUUGCUUUCAAAAUGUAUCAAACCGAGUCAUGGGGGUCUUACAUGCCAGCAAGAACCAACCUUGGUGACCCAUUGGAACGCAUAGGAAGGCUAGCCUCAGAGAAUGCAGUGGUGAUCUUUAGCAUAAGCUCAUGUUGCAUGUGCCAUGCUAUUAAGAGGCUCUUUUGUGGCAUGGGAGUGAACCCAACAGUGUACGAGCUGGAUGAAGACCCAAGAGGUAAAGAAAUGGAGAAGGCUCUCAUGAGGCUUCUCGGUAGCUCCUCUGCUGUUCCUGUUGUUUUCAUCGGUGGCAAGCUUGUGGGUGCCAUGGAUAGAGUCAUGGCUUCUCAUAUUAACGGUACUCUUGUCCCUCUUCUCAAGGAAGCCGGUGCUCUUUGGCUUUAAUUGAUGCUUACUCUCUUCGUAUUUUAAAGGAAAUGACUUCACGUAUAGUAGCAAAUUAAAGAAAGCAGGGGAAGAGGAGUGGCGUACGUUUUGAGGGUCUCCUCCAUUUUGGAUACACUAAUGACCACUACUAAUUACCAUCAAAUAUCUUAAUUUCUGCUUUUAAUGUUUUUUUCCUUUUUCUUAACCCACAUUUUAUUUUUUUAAUCUGUGGGUCUUUUGGUUUGCUUUGUAUGUUUCCCGCUCAUCUUGGUCUCAAGAAAGAAAUGUAAUUGCUCCCUCCUCUGUAUAGAAAAAUGCGAAAAAAAAAACUACUUGUGUUCCUUACUUUAAAGUUAA